UUUUUAAUGUGAAUUGUAACCUAUUUAUGUACGGCUGAUCGAAUUACCCUAAAGAAACGUUUUGCAGACUUUGGCUAUAGUUAAAGCAGGGGCAAGCUCGGACAUAAUGCAUGUUGCGAUUGAUAAGGAAACACAUCUCCAUUGGUGGUGGUAUUGGUCCAUCAUGGCUACGAAUCUCAGCUCGGCAAGCGUUACAAGUGUGUAAAUUGUCAACUUCAGCAGAGCCAACACAACAGUCCAAUGUGAAUGAAGCAUCCCUAUAUGUACAUUGGCCAUAUUGUGCAAGAAGAUGUACUUACUGCAAUUUUAACAAAUAUAUCAGACGUAAAGAAGACACUGAGAGAAUGACUGCCUGUCUAACUAGGGAGUUGAAGACGUUGAUCGAGUUGAGUGGAGUUUCGAAGAUAAAAACAGUCUUCUUUGGUGGAGGCACACCUAGUCUGGCUCCCCCUAGCUCCAUCCAGACUAUACUGGACACAUUGAAGGCUGGAGACUUGCUGAUCCCUGCAGCAGAAGUGAGUCUGGAAGCCAACCCCACUCACCUGGAGACUUCAAGGCUACGGGGGUUUAGAGAUGCUGGAGUAAACAGAUUGUCUAUUGGAGUUCAGACCCUGUGUGACACAGAUUUGAAAACUCUGGGUCGAGACCAUACUGUUGCAGAAUCAUUGAGAUGUGUGGAGGAGGCAAAGCAGCUGUUCCCAGGCCAAGUGUCUGUGGAUGUGAUGUUUGGUAGACCUUCACAGAAACUAAAGGACUGGCAGACAGAAAUAAAACAGAUUGCAGAUCUGUGUGUUAAUCACGUGUCCCUGUAUCAGCUGACCCUGGAACGGGGAACCAGGCUUCACAAACUUGUGGAGCAGGGUAUGAUCUCCACCCCUGAUGGCGAUACAUUGGCGGACAUGUAUCUAGCAGCUUUGGAGGUUUUGGAAUCUUAUGGUUUACAAAGAUAUGAAGUCUCAAACUUUGCCCAAAUGGGCUACGAGAGUCAACACAACCAAGCGUACUGGCAGUGUAAACAAUACAUCGGCAUUGGACCAGGAGCCAAUGGGCGUUUCUCUCGGGAGACAGACUCCAGUGUCCGUGAGGCCCGAAUACAGACCCUGGAGCCAGAUAACUGGAUGUUCGAGGUGGAGAAAUAUGGGCAUGCUACCCGGAAGGUCACCCAGCUCAGCACUAAAGACAGACUAGAGGAGUUCCUGUGCCAGGGUCUUCGAACCAGAGAGGGUAUCACACACAAGGACUGGUUGUUAUUGAGUCCACCCCUUGACCUAGUGAACCUGUUUCAAUCAAACAAAAGACUGACCAACAUACUGGACAUGGGCUAUCUGGUUAUUGACCAACAGGGGCUGAGGGCCACCCCCAGUGGGAUUCUGGUCCUUGACAGUGUACUGCCAUACUUACUAGUGGCCCUUUCUGAUGUCAUGGAGGUCCACAAGACAUCUGUUGCCUAGAGCACUGAUUGGAUCAUGUGUGAUAUAUACAAGAAUUAUACAUAUACAUUGUCAUUCAGCUGAUUUCCAGUUGUGUGAUGUCAGUUUUAAGACAUGACGAGUGAAGAAACUUUAGAAGACUUGAAAAUAUUGUAUAUUAUUGGAGAAUAAAUUGAUCUCGUUGAUACA